AUGGCAGAUCUACCCAAGGAUCGACCCGACGGCUAUCGGGUCUUUGGAGUGACUGGAGUCGACUUUUGCGGACCGUUCUUUUAUAAACCUGCGGCACGAAACAAGGCGCCUGUGAAAUGCAACCAGUUUCAGGAGUUGAAGCGUCUAUUUUUGUCAGACACCCACCAGAAGGCUGUGAAGGAUUUCUGUUUGGCAGACUCAAUUGAAUGGCAUUUCAUCCCUCCACGAUCGCCUCACUUUGGUGGUGUGGGAGGCUGCAGUGAAGACAGCGAAGACAUCUACCGAUGUGUUGGGCCCUCCGUCCUAACUUACGAUGAGCUUCGCACACUGGUUUGCAACAUCGCUGCUGUCGUUAAUUCACGCCCUUUAGUUUCGAUUUCAGAGCACCCAUCAGACAUAGACGUAUUGACCCCUGCACAUUUCCUCAACGGUGGCCCUCCUUCAUCCUUCAGUGAGCCCAGCCUGACAGGGCUCAAUUUUAAUCGUUUGGAUGCUUGGCAGCACGUAAGCUAUCUGCAGCAGGUUUUCUGGACUCGUUGGCGGGACGAAUAUCUCAAAUUGUUACAUCAGCGAGCGAAAUGGAGAACCUCCAAACCUGUUUUGGCUGUUGGCAACAUAGUUCUUGUGAAGGAUUAG